AUGACGGGAAUAAGGGCACGCGCGCAGACACUGCUUGGCCAGGUGCCCUUGGACGCUAACCCAAUGAUCGGGGAUCUAGCUCUGGCGUUGGCAAGCCAGGCGCACAAGGCGCGAGCUAGCAGCACAGUCGCCCAGUACAAGGAGCCAUGGCAGGAGUUCCUAGAUUGGGCAGAGCUACUACACAUUCGGGCGAGCGACAUCUACGACAUCAGGCCAGAGAUAGUGGCCAUGUACCUGAUGCACGUCUACCAAACCGUGCAAGCGGAUGAAGUAGGUCCGGGUCGCGUCGCGGGAGCGAGCGCCACUAUUGCCUGCCAUUUCUUUCUCGCGGGCCGCCCCUCACCAACGGAGCACCCAGCAUGCAACCUCGUUCGGGACCUGGGCAGGCGCACACUGCAAGGGAAGAAGCUGCACAGGGAAAGCAUGCAACCAGAGCAUGUCCGCAUGUUGGCCGCUCACUUCGCUGGGCCGGAUGCCUCACUGCCAGACCUGAUGAUGGUAGCGGCCAUAUCGGUUAUGUUCGCGGGUUUCCUGAGGUUCAACGACCUAGCCCACAUCUCCGUCAAGUCUGAUCUGCUCACCCUGCACGACACUCACAUGGCCAUCACACUGCCUAGGUCCAAAACGGACCAGGAGGGCAAAGGGCAGACCAUCCGGAUUGCGCGCGUGGGGGGCGUGGCCUGCCCAUUCCCCCGUGGAGGAUGUGGUCCGCUGCUGCGCAGGGUUAAGGCGACACAGCAAGGCCACCAGCUGCAGCAGAGGACCGGCUCUGUUCAGUCACCGAUCCCCAGCCUCAGCUAUACCUCCUUCCGGGAGAAGCUCGCUGCCAUGUGCAGCGCCGUGGGCAUCAAGCGCGGCAUCAUGCCACACUCCAUGCGCAUCGGGGGAAACAGCGCGGCAGCAGCCAGAGGGGUAUCUGAAGAAGCCCGCAAGGCCCACGGUCGCUGGAAGACGGACGCAAUGGUGCAGCUAUAUACCCGGCUGGAAGACGAUGCCGCACUGGAAACCACGCGCAACCUGGGCCUCGCCUGAGUCAGAGGGCCCCUCCUGCUAUCUUUUCUGUCUGCAGUAGUGUAAGGCCCUUGGCAGCCCCGGUUUCGCCUCGCCCUGUCCUAUCCGGCACCCCGAACGCAACCGUACAGCAAGCCAUGAAGGCUAUAGGACAUAAUUGUAGCUUAGAUGCGGCAGGAGCAAAGCGAGUAUAGCCUCUAAGCUAGGUUAUGUACGGCAGCCGUAUGGCUUGCUGAGAAUUCGAAUUUACUAUUUCAGCUGACAGCUCCAAAGUUCCGGCAUUCUGCCUACACUAUUGGAGCUUAUUAUUAUUGUUGCUCUCACUUCCCCCCCCCCCCGCCCUCAGUGUCCCUCGUUUAUAAGCGGCAGGCUCGGCCCAGUUGGAGACCGGUGAUUAGGCAGUCCCCUCGGAGCGCCAGACGCACAGCUGUACAGCGAUUACCGCACGGCAAAUAAGUGCCUAUAGAGUAUCGUUGCGCGCUAGGAAUGUCGCCUGGCCAGCCCUGCUGGCCAGGGUGUGGUUCGUGCGUCGCUGACGCUUCAGGUUUGCCCUCGGGGCGGGUGACCAGUGGACGCAGUCAUUAAUGCUGCGUUUAGUUGUCUAGUGCCGUGCGUCAGUUUCUUUCGGCCGUGCCGGUGUGGCCGCGCUGGACAGCGCUGCGUGCGCUCAGACCGCGCCGUGUGGCGCUAGACCGCGCUUCGGCGCACACGCGCCCUGGCGCUCCGAGAGCAGCAAUUAGUACUCUGCAGUAGUGUAAGGCCCUUGGCAGCCCCGGUUUCGCCUCGCCCUGUCCUAUCCGGCACCCCGAACGCAACCGUACAGCAAGCCAUGAAGGCUAUAGGACAUAA